GCCCCUGUGUCCUUGGCCACACUCAAAACACACCCAAAAAGCCUAUAAAAAAGGUGCCAGGGGCAUUUCAUGGGGCCCCCUACUGACCCCGGGCCCUCAGGCAGUGCCCGAGUGCUUGAAUGGUCAGUGCUCACUGAUCAGCAGGUGCCAGCUGUCAUCUAUUGGCCAGCACCCACUGAUCGGCUUGUGCUGUGUCUAACCACAGUACAGCCGUGUUGCCGAUUCCUGGCCAUGGAGGUCGGGAAAGAAUUUAAUGCGCUAUGAUGUGCACUGUAUUACAUUCAGUGGAGCACAGGGGAGACAUGCAGGGUCUUUUAGACCCUGUAUGUCUCAAUAAAGAGAACCUGCCACCAAAAAUGAUCACAUAG